AUGUCGGCAUUGGAGGAGGAAUUCGAAAAUAUAUCCUCGAAAGAUAUACCUAGUAGAUUACCACCUAUUCGAGGCAUUGAGCAUCACACUGACUUCAUAACUGGAGUUGUCAUUCCAAAUCGACCAACUUACCGGAAUAAUCCUAAGGAGACAAAGGAAGUUCAGAGGCAAGUAGAGGAGUUGAUUAGCAAUGGUCAUAUGGAUCAUGAAGGAUGUGCAUGGACUGCAGGCUGCAGAACCAUCAAUAACAUAACGGAACAUUCAUUUAAGGCUAUUAAAGAAAAAUUGUGUAAAGCACAUGUUUUAGCAUUACCUAACUUUGACAAAAUAUUCAAGAUUGAGUGUGAGGUAUCAGGAAUAGGUAUUGAAGCAGUGUUAAUGCAUGAAAGAAGGUCAAUCGCAUAUUUCAGUGAAAAGUUGAGUGGAGCUGCACUAAACUACCCAACAUAUGAUAAGGAACUAUACUCACUUGUUCGGGGCAUUGGAGACUUGCACUUGGGGGGUCAAGGGAAGCUAAACAAGAGACAUGCCGGAUCGAUGGAGUUUAUUAAGACAUUUUCCUACGUCAUUUGGUACAAGCAAGGUAAAGAAAACGUAGGGGCAGAUGCUUUAUCUCGAAGGUAUGCAUUGUUAAAUUCACUAAGUGCUAAAUUGCUUGGCUUUGAAUAUGUUAAAGAUAUGUAUGAAAAUGACUUGGACUUUUGCGAAAUGUACAAUUUAUGUGAUAAGGGGGCUAUAGAUAAGUACUAUAAGCAUGAAAGAACUGAUGACAUCACUCACAUAGCGGAUUUUUUCUUUAAGGAGAUAGUAGAUCUGCAUGGGGUCCCUAAGAGCAUAGUGUCAGAUAGAGAUGUCAAAAAGGACAGCUUUCCAGAGCAAAAGAAGCCAGAGUUGCAAUCACGGGGAGACGGUCCAUUUCAAGUCAUUGAGAAGAUCAACGACAAUGCUUACAAGCUGGACCUUCCAGAUUUGAGAACAAAUCUUUUUAAAGAGUGA